AUGCGCGUUUCAAUGUUAUCCAUUGGUCGUUUAUCGAAAGCACAGCUUCUACCAGGACGAAAAAAUCAAACGACAUGGCUCUACAAUCAGACGAGUACGGAGAACUGCCUUUGCACUGCACUAAGAUAUCAUUCAGUAGAUGAAAUUGCCGGUCUAAAUAGCUUCUCGUCGAAUACCAGCUGUCAAUUGAUUCUAGCGCCACCGAUUUUGUCACCGUCGAUCAUCUACGAUAUUAAGUCUACUCUUUUACUUUUACAUCCAUUUACUGAUACUCCAUGUUGUUCUGACUUUUCCUGGAUGCUAGACCGAAUGAAAAGAUCAGGACGCCCGUCAAGUGCAACGGUUCCGAAGCCAACAUUAUUAUCUAUUGAUUCAACGAACAGGUUUCUUUCGUCAAUGCAGUACAAGGGCAAAUUCUAUCGCUUUCAUCGAACUAAUCUGAGUCUGGAAGGUAUAUAUUCAUUACCGGCAGGAUAUAUAUGUGCUAGUUCAAUCUACAAACGAGGUUAUAUCUUUUUCGGAUGCGAUACACCUUCGGCGCUGAUGAUUUUCAAGGAAACAAAUUUAGCUUCACCCUUGGCGCGAAUAAAUAUGACACAAUGGAUACGAGGAGUAUCAUUUGCACGCAAUGAUACAUUAAUGUUUGUAGCCGUUCAAGAAGGAGAUUAUGGCGUUUAUAUUUAUAACAUCUCUUGGACACCACAAAUAUUCGUGUCACUUGCUAAAACGUUUCCACCUAUUGUUGAUCAAAUGUGGACUAUCCAUACAGUUAAUGAUAGCUGUGUACUAACAACAUGCUGGAGCACUAAUGAACCUGUCUAUAAAAUUCAGUCGCCUACGAUGACGAGCAUGUCAUGGUCCAGAAAAUCCUUGCCGACUACGAAAGUAACGGGAUCGAACUCAUUGGGAGAAGCAGUAACCGAUCCUUGUGGUCGAAUUUGGGGUGUCGUUUAUGGGUUUGGAAUACGUAUCUAUGAUCAAUCAGGGACAAUUCUCUUGGGUAAUUGGUCAUUAACUACAGGAGUGGCGAAUAUACUGUUACUCGAUAACUAUGAAGUUUUUCACAAUAUUUGCGUUAUCUAUCUUUUGGCCUCAAGUGUUUUUGAUUCAUUUGUUAUUGUCGUGGGCCUCUUACCUCGUUUACUCAAUGGUUAUGGCGUAGAUCUAUCACAGACGUUUUCUAUACUUUGUAAAUUAAGAUUUUUCUUCACAUAUUACGCAGGAUAUACAGCAGCUUGCUUUAUUAGUCUAGCUUGUAUUGAACGAUAUCUCACGUCAUCAACAAGUGCCUAUAAACGACAGCUGAUUACAAAGAAACGUGCAUACCUAUCGAUUCUUAUCGUUUUAAUAUUUGGCUGUGUUACAUUUGGCGAGGGUUUCUACUGUAUUGAUAUCAAUCAACAACUAUUCGGUGCUCCACAAUCAUGUUAUCAAUUGAAAUUGAAUAUUCAGUGUCAAAUUGCCGAUAGUCUGCUGCAAUUCAUCUUCGAGCUUUUGAUUCCAGCAUUACUGAUGAUCGUUUUCGGAUUUUUAACAUUCAAAAAUGUUCAUAAUAAACAUUCACGAGUAAAUGCAGUGCAACUCGGCGAUAAUCCUCUGGCAGCUACAGUCGGAACAAGAAGAAUGUCUGUAUCACAAGAAAAACGAGCUGCACAGAAACGUGAUGGACAAUUGCGAACAAUGUUACUUGUACAAGUUGCAGUCUUUGUCAUUUCAACGUUUCCUAUCGGCGUUUUCAAGCUCUAUUCGAUUGUAACGGUCUACCAAACGAAGUCACCAUUGAAACGAGCCAUUGAGAAUACGAUAUUUAACAUUUCUGUAAUCAGUCUAUUCUUCAAUAACUGUAUUACAUUUUACAUUCAUACAUUAUGCGGGCAGGUGUUUCGAAAGGAAUUAUUUAAACUAUUCCGUUGUGCUUAA